AUGAAGAAAGAGAGAAAUAGUGUAGAAGGGGAAAAAUGGAUACAUUUAUCCCCACACAAGUAUGAAAUUAUUAUUAGAGGCAGUGUCACAGUCAUCUUUUCUCCUUGUGUACCUUCCAUUUUAAUUUAUUACCCCUUUGUCUUUUGCAUUCAUUCCUUCUCCAUCACUAAUAUCCCCUUUGCCCCAUCUCUCUUUUCUUUAUUUAUAACAUUAUUUCCUACUACUAGAUUUGCAGGGGACAAACCUAAACUUCUUCUCUUCUUCAAUUAGGGUUUUCCUCCUUAGAGGGCUUCACCUGUAACUAUUGAACUUGUGAAGCUCAUUUCUUUUUUUUCUUUCUAUCUGCUACAGUUGUGGUACUUUGUUUUUUGUAACUUUGAAGAAACAAGAGCCAAGUGUUGAUCUGAAGGAGCCCCCUGAACGAGGAAAAAAGCAAGCUAGGGAGAGAACAAUAAUCAAUGGCAUCAUCCAGCUCAUACAACUCCCCUUGUGCUGCCUGCAAGUUCCUAAGAAGAAAAUGUCUUCCUGGCUGCAUUUUCUCACCUUAUUUCCCACCCGAGGAGCCGCAAAAAUUCAUCAACGUCCACAAAAUCUUCGGCGCAAGCAACGUGACCAAGCUCCUCAACGAACUCUCGCCGCACCAAAGAGAAGACGCAGUCAACUCUUUAGCCUACGAAGCCGAGGCAAGAGUGAGGGAUCCCGUCUAUGGCUGCGUAGGGGCAAUCUCCUUCCUCCAACGCCAAGUCGAGCGCCUUCAGAAGGAGCUCGACGCGGCUAAUGCGGACUUGAUCCGCUAUGCUUGCAAUGACUUCACACCGACACCGCCUUUACCGGUUCCUAACAUGGCUCUACGCCAAAGGCCGGUUGAGUUUAGUAGAAGAUUGUCAAUGGGGCAUCAUCAUGAUGGUGGUAGUGGUGGAGGUUUUAAUCAAACACCUAGUUUUCCUAUCCCAUAUACUCUCCCUAAUUGGAAUGAUCAUCAAAACCCUUCUGGAGAUCAUAUUCAUGGUGGAGGAGGAGGAAGUAUUUGAUUAUCUAUUUCAUGAGGCAAAAUAAUUCCCUUGCUAGGGUUUGUGACCCUCUUAAGAGAAUGGUAUAUGCAAUUCUUAAGUACUACUUGGUUUAUGCUUUUUCGAGCUAGCCCUUUUCACAUUCACCGUCCUAGCUAUAACAACAAUGAGUCCUAUAUAUUAUCUCUUGAACUCAAAGUCUUGUUCUUAGGAUUUUAUAUUAUGGCUAUUGUGUCAUAUUCAGAGACUACUACCUAAGAUGAGGCAUGGCAAGUCUAUGGCUACUAAAUUGAGAGAGUCCAGAGUCUAGAAAAGAUGGCUAUUUGAAGUGUACUGAUUUAUGGGAUUUGUUUAUGGUCAAUAAACGAUAAAUUAACCA